AUGGAGAGCGGGCGACUCAAGAAGCUCUUCCGCACGUCCAAAGCCGGCGGCCUAGAGCCGCUGCUCCCAGACUCCGCGAGCGGUGCAAGCCUGUCCGCACCGCCAAAGGGCCAGGAGCAGCUGCAAAAGCGCCGCCACCACCACCACCCACAGGCCGGUAUCACGCCCUUCCCAAUGGACGUUGGUCACCAUGACAUGGCUGCGCCCCCACUGCCCCCACCACCACCACCACAAGCAAAUAGUCAGCAACAGUGGCGUGGAGGUGGAGGCGGCGGCGGGGGCGGCGGCGGGGGCGGCGUCGUCGACCUCAACCAACAAGUCCGAGAACCGCCUCGUGGUGAUGCGCGGGACCGAGAUCUUCGCGACAGUGGCCUGCGUUCCGGCGGGGCGACUCCAAACGGGCCAACAUUAGCUCAGCUCCGCAUGAUGGAGGAGGAGACUGCAGCGGCUGUUCCAUACCGCCGAGAAGGCGGUGACCGCACUAGCUUCCGGGCAUCGUCACGGUCCCGUGCGGGCACGGCCUCAUCCAACGAGGGCGGCGGUGGGCGACCAAACGUGUCGCCAACGUCUGCGCCUCUGCAACGUAUACAAAUGCCGUCUGCGAGUGACGGGUAUGCUCAGCAGCAGCAGGCUCCCAGCCCCGCCAUGGCUCAACCAGGAUUCUACUUGCCGCCCGGCGCCGGACCGCCUUCUCCACAGUUCAGACCUGCGACUCCGACACGUCUUGGCCACGUGCAACAGUCAAGUGUCGGCAGUGCGACCCAACUACCUCCCCCAGUGGCGGGCGCGUUUGUCGAAGGCGACGGCUACAACAACCGGAACCGCGCAUACUCUGCGACCUCGUUGUCUGGCGGACGUGGAUCGGACCACGAGGGCUCGGUCCACCACGCGUCUACCUCACCAAUGUCCGGGAUGCUCAACAAGCCCCAGCCCAUACCUCCUUCCAGCAGGUCGCCGCUCGUCAACUCAUUCUCAGAACCGCACCCCAUGUCUCAGCAAUACCAGCAGCAGCCGCCACACCAUCAGCACCAGCACCAGCACCACCAGCAACAGCACCAGCAAGCUCCCAUUGCUGCAAUGUACGGCGCCUCGUAUAACCAGUACGGCAACAGUUCCGUGACCAUGCUUCCGUCUGAGCGUUCGACUCCAGUCCCACAAGUGGACGAUAGGGGGGCCGACAGAGACAGUGGACGCUUCCUCGACAAACAACAAAACGACAGGGACAGGUCUGACAAGGCGGAGAAGAAGCGUUUCUGGGGUUGGGGCAAGGAUAAGAAGCACAAGGACGUACCAGCACCAAUCUCUACAGCACCAGUCUCUACCCUACUCCAGCCCCCUCCCCCUCUCACCGCGUCCGUCGAUGACUCGCACCGCCAGAGUGGCGAGGACUGGCGCGAUGGGGCGUCGACCAACGGUCAUGGCCAGGGUCCCGCGUCGCUCAGCCACAGCGACGAGCCGCCGCACAAGCCCACGCGCGGCCUCGAGCUUGUCACUCGCGACGAGUCAAACGAUGUCGCAACCGCGAUCCGCACCCUCUGCUCCUCGCGUGAUACCAGGCAUGGCGCCGUCCUCGACCUGUGCGACAAGGUCAACCGUUCGCAACCCCGUGAUGCAGUGUGCAAGGAGGCAGCAAGGACAAUUCGCAAGGUGCUCAAGAGCAGCACCGACCCCGAGCGUCGCAUGGCCAUGCGUGUGUGGUGGAUCACCAUGCGCCACAUCAAGGCUAGCGGUUACCAACGUGAACUAUGCGUCGAACAAAAGUUCAUGUCGACGGUCGAGCCUAUCCUUUAUCAACAGGUCAAGCCUCCCGUGUCCAACAACACGUACAAGACGACCUAUGACGUGCUGUCCGAUCUGACUUUCCGGUUCGGAAAGGACCGUGGCUGUGAGGGCCUGCACGAGCUCUGGGUCAAGGUCAAGUCACCCGCAGACCCAGACUAUGGUAACGCCUUGCCGGAAGACUACCUCAAGCAUGGCCAGUCGAAUAACAUUAUCCCGCCGCCGCCUGGUGGUGGUGGUGCUGUCCACGGCAUGUCGCCGUUGCCAUCGCCCCCCUCGUCGCUCCCUUCGUCGCGCAGGCCCUCCGAGCCGAUGCCUGUGCCUCUGUCGCAGCGCAUGAACGCGACUCCCAAAGAACUUCCUCCAUCACCGGGUGUCACUGGGUUCGGCGGCGGCGGUCCGACGUAUGCCGAUCUUCCAGACCACCACGAGGAUAUGCGCCGUCUCAUCGAGGAAUGUACCGCCGCCAAAGAGUCUGCCCGCGUCCUGCAAGAGGCCCUGGUGUACACUCGCCCAGAGGAGCUUGAACACAAGGCUGUCAUUCGGGAGUUUUACACCAAAUGCGUCCUCGCGCACGAGUCUCUCACAAACCAGAUGGACUGGGCUCAGUCCGAGGCGGCCAGGUCGCGCCGCGUCGCCAACUCUGUGGACGGGCCGCACCACUCGACGGCCGAGGAGAAUGCCCUUGCCCUGUUGUUCGAGGCGCACGGAAUCCUUACCGACGCGCUCAAGCAGCACGACGACCUCGAGAAGAUGGCGGCCGACGACCGAGAGAUUCGUGCCGUCCAGGAGCGUAGCAAAAAGGACACGCGCAUGGACCGAAGGCAGCAAAUGGACAUGCUCACUGCCCCCGAAGGCGGCUCGUCGUCUCGCUCCCCCUCGCCGUCUGGAUACAACAGGGCGCUUCCGGACGUGCGCGACUCGCAACUCUUCAAUGACACGCGCCACCUUCCCGAAGUCCCCACCACCGAGUCGUUCUCGAGCCACCUCCAGGCCGCCGUCACGGAUCGCGGCGUGUCCCGAACGCCGUCUCCCGACGGGCGCCGCAGUGCCCACCAGCUCCCGCAGCUGCCUCCACCAAAGCCCAUCGCGUCUCCUCCGCGCUCCGGUUCGCCCCUCGGCCGGUCACGCAUGCAGGGUCCGAGGCCACUGCCCAACCCGUUCAAGACCGUCAACAGCAGCCAGAGCCUCACCACUGCUGCUGCUGAUGCCAGGGAGCUGCAGCCGGCCCCCUCACGCGGCCACAGCGGCAGCACCCACGAAGGUGGCAGCAGCGGGACCGGCGAGGACGAGGACGACGAGGCUCGCCCGAGUCGCAAGGCGCUCGGCAAGCGCCGCGCCAUCCCGGAUCCUGACAAUACAUUCGAUCCCAACGACCUGUUUGCCACUACGACGACGACGGCCCCGGCCAAACCCAAGUCGGACACUGGGUCCGAGCAUUCCAUCACUGCCGACGACCUCUACCUGGCCAAACCCGUCAAGUACGCGUACGACGCGUGGGCCGAGUCCGAGGCGACACGCAAGGAGCGGGGUGCGGCUGACAAGGCGGCCGGCUUGGGCAUCACCGGCACGUCCCCGCCACCUCCCGACUCGGCCAAGACGCCCGUCAGCCCCACCGUCCUUGGUCCUCGGGACCCGCGCAGCGGUCCGACCCCGGCCAACCAGAGCCCCAGCCCGAUGGGCAUCACGGUCGCGGAUCCUGUCGCCGCGAGAUGA